AUGUCGUUUAUAUAUGCUAAAUGUACUCGUCAAGAGAGGUUGCCUCUAUGGGAGCAUUUGAUUCAGUUUAGUGAUAAUUGUGGUGAACCCUGGAUAGUAGGGGGCGACUUUAAUGUUAUCAAAGCCCUUAAUGAGAAAAUGGGAGGAUAUAAAAAUCUCACGUUGGGGAUUCAGGAGUUUAAUGAAUUCUUAAUCGAUUCUCGGCUUUCGGAUGCAGGAUUUCAGGGUAAUAUGUUUACAUGGAGCAACAAUCAACGGGGUCGUAACUGUAUUUGGCAAAGAAUCGAUCGUUUUCUUAUGAAUGCGGAGGCAGUCACUUCUUGCAAUUUCCAAGUCACCCACCUUGCUAGAGUGGAAUCGGACCAUUGCCCGCUUCUCAUUAAAUUUAGCCAGUUAAUUCCUCGAAGGUCCCGUUUUUAUUUCCAGAAAAUGUGGAUGGACCAUUGUGAUUUCGAUUCUUUUGUUUCUAAUAGAUGGAUAUCGGUUGGGGAUAUCGGCAGAUAUUCUUUUGAGAAUAAACUAACUCGACUUCGCAAAGCCCUUACAAGAUGGAACUGGGAUACGUUUGGGCAGAUUGACGUUAAUAUCUCCUCCAUGCAGCGUAGGGUUGAGGAAUUGGAGGCUCGUCUUUCUAAUGUAUGGGAUGAUACCGUUUUUAAUGAGUGCCAAACCAUCAAAGACUCCCUUAACCAACACAUUAAAUGGGAACGGGAACUACUUAUUAGUAAAGCCAGGAUCAAAUGUUUUGCGGAUGGAGAUCGCAAUACGAAAUAUUUUCAUGCCCGGAUUAAAGAUCGUAGAAAAAGGAAUACAAUUUCACUCAAACUCCCAGAUGGCACUUUCACGUCUGAUGGGCGUACCAUCGGGGAGAUGGGGAUUGCAUACUACUCUGAACUUUUUAAAGCAUCCGAGUAUCAUUUGGAUCAAUCUCUUUUCUCUCACGUGGAAAGCAAGGUUACGGCGGAAAUGAAUGAGGUGAUAUGUAAAAUUCCGACGGAGGAAGAGGUUUUAUUGGCUAUCAAAUCGCUUUCACCGGAUAGUGCUCCAGGGCAAGACGGAUUCACGGGUCAUUUCUACGUCGGGUGUUGGAAUAUAAUCAAGGACGACUUCAUGCAGCUUGUGAGUGGUUAUUUUCAGGGCGAUUAUCUCUCAAAGGGAAUGACAACCACUCUUUUGGUCCUUAUUCCAAAAAUUGAUAAUCCAGAAUGUUUAAAUCAAUAUCGGCCAAUCAGUUUAGGGAAUUUUGCUAGUAAAGUGAUUUCCAGAAUCAUAGCUACUAGAUUGAAUGCCAUUCUCCCGUUAAUCAUAUCUGUAGAGCAAACGGGUUUUCUCAAGGGCCGCAGCAUUCACGAAACCAUCGCCAUUGCCCAAGAAUUAGUUUCUGAUAUUGAUAGGAAAGUCGAAGGUGGAAACGUGAUAUUUAAAUUCGAUAUGGCUAAGGCAUACGACCGACUAGAAUGGAGAUUCCUCCUUAAAGCAUUACAAUCUUUUGGCUUUUCUCAUCACUUGAGACGUAUGUUUAAAAAAUACGAAUCAUCUUCUGGUCAGCUCCUUAGUUUGGACAAAAGCGCGUUCUACACCUCCAAGAAAAUUCCGGUGAACAAAAUCAGUCAGCUUAGAGAGUGGAGUGGUUGCUCCCAUAAAUCCCUGCCGUUAAAAUAUCUUGGGGUCCCGAUUUACAGAGGACGAUGUAUGGUACAACAUUUUGACUAUUUAGUGCAACAUGUUCAAAAUCGUUUGGACGCUUGGCAAGCGAAAUUACUAUCCUUUGGUGGUCGUAUCACCCUUCUUAAAUCGGUGCUUUUUAGUUUGCCUAAUCACACUUUGUCUUCUGCAGUGGUUCCCCAACAAAUCCUAAUUCGCAUGGAACGGCUUUUUCGUAAAUUCCUAUGGGGAAAACAGGAGGGUCUGGGAAUUAAUUGGAUUAGUUGGGAGAAGAUUUGCCAUCCUAGAGAAGAGGGCGGUCUUGGCUUUCGGUCGUUAAUGGUUACGAAAAAUAUUUUAGCCGGAAAAUUAGCUUGGAAAGCUUUGGAGGGUACAACUCUUUGGGCGCGUUUCGUCAGGGCCAAAUAUGGUGAGAAUUUCCAUAAUGGCCCUCCUCUUCAUUCAACUCCUCUUUGGAAGGAAGUGCAUAAACACUUCGAGACUUUGGAGAAUCAUACUUGCUGGAUUGUUGGGAAAGGUAGCGUCGAUUUCUGGCGAGAUAAAUGGAUUCAGGGGGUGACCCUCGAUGAACACAAAACCAUGACGUUCAAAGAGGCCAAAAGUAAACCGCAAGAAUGCAAGAGUUUUCUUUCCCAGGAGCAGCAACAUAUCUUCGAUUUGAUAGAGAUCAAUGAGAUGGAGGAGGAUCGCCUUAUUUUCACGAAAUCGACUUCAGGAAAUUUUACGGUGAGCGAAUACUGGGAUCUCGUUCGUCAUAAAAACCCUCGAGUGAAAUUUACAAAAAAGAUUUGGCACCCACACAUUCCGCUCAAAGUCGGGGCUUUCUUUUGGAAGCUUGCAUAUGGGGCUAUACCCGUUGAUUUGGCCCUGCAAAAACGAGGUUAUCCAUACCCAUCCAAAUGUAGGUGCUGUGAAAAACCUUCCCAAGAAAGUUUGACACACCUUUUCGCGCAAUCAGACGUCGCAAGAGGGGUUUGGAAAUAUUACGCUGAUCUGUGGCUUAAACCAUGGAUGUAUGGUUCCAUGCAACACCUGAUCAAAGCUUGGACACAUGACUUUAGGAGGGACACUCAAGAGGGUUUAAUGGCACUUGGCAUUUUAAUGAUAGGUUGUUGGGAAAUUUGGAAAAAUCGUUGUCGAGCAGUAUUUGAAGAUAUUCCGAUGAACACGGCUACAAUUAUCCGAAACAUCUUUCCUUCUCUAGUUACUUUAAACGAUAUUAUGAAGGUUAAAUUGCCAACAUCUCAGAUCGGUAGGCAAGUAAUGCAAGCUCUUCGGCUUCCACUUAAAGCUCCGUUUCUUGGUCGGGGUAUAUGGGUUAAAUGGAUCCCGCCAGAAGCUCGGUAUAUUAAAGGCAACGUGGAUGGUUCCUUGCAUGGCACUGCAUGUUCAGGGGGUGGUCUCUUUCGAACCCAUGAUGGUCAUUUCAUUCAUGGUUUCUCUCAUAUAUACGGCCCUGGUUCUCAUAUUUGGGCUGAAGCUUCAGCAAUUCUCGAUGGUUUGCAGAUGUCUACGGAAAUGGGUUUCGAUAACAUCAUUAUCGAAUCGGAUGCCAAGCUUGUGGUGCAUAUGAUUUACCAAAGAUCAGUUGUUGCGUGGGAUUUAAACUAUGUUGUUCAGGGUAUACGACGGCACCUUUCGGCGAAUCGACGAGUGGUUCAUACGCUCAGGGAAGGCAACUACCCGGCAGAUAGUUUAGCCAAAUUGGCGCAUGGGCAUCGUAUGAAGAUCAGAUAUAGAUCUAUUAGUGAACUCCCUUCCUCAAUUAAGCGGUUAAUAUUAAUGGAUAGAUUAGGUUAUCGUAAUUUUCGUAAAGGUUGCCAUAAACCAUCAAGUGGUUCUUCCGAUUUUUUAUUGCCAUUGUAG